AUGUGUAGUUUGUUACCCUUUUUGCUUAUUUUUGAUAUCCAAGAAAUAAUAAAAUUGCAAAAAUACUACAGAGAAAAAAUGAAUAAACUCAAAACACAACAGAAGGACAAGGUAAAGAAGUUUAUCUCCCUUACGCAAACUGGAGAGAGUACCGCGAUCUUCUGCCUUCAAAACAACGACUGGAAGCUCGAUCUUGCAAGUGACAAUUAUUUUUCAAAUCCCGAACUAUACUACAGAGAACUGGACGUAAAGAAGAUUGAACAACUUUUCGCAAAAUACCGUGAUGGUAGCGAUCAACAAAAAAUAACGUCGGAUGGCGUCGUGAAGUUUCUUGAUGACCUCCAGCUCUCACCUGAAUCACGCUUAGUCCUCAUUAUAGCAUGGAAGUUUCGUGCUCAAACACAAUGCGAGUUUUCACGCGAUGAGUUUAUCAAUGGAUUUUGUGAUUUAGGUGUAGAUAGUUUAGAUAAAUUGAAACAGAAGCUUCCCCAACUCGAGAUGGAUCUACAGGACAUUCACAAGUUCAAAGAUUUCUAUCAUUUUACUUUCAAUUACGCUAAAGACCCCGGCCAGAAAGGUCUCGAUCUUGAGAUGGCAAUUGCUUAUUGGAAUAUCGUUUUGAAAGACCGUUUUAAGUUUCUUGAUUUAUGGUGCAAGUUUCUCACGGAAAAUCAUAAAAGAUCCAUCCCGAAAGACACCUGGAACUUACUUCUUGAUUUUGCACAACACAUCGAUGAUAAAAUGUCUAAUUACGAUGCUGAGGGAGCGUGGCCCGUUCUAAUAGAUGACUUCGUUGAAUGGUGUCUGCAGCAACAACAGCAAGCCCUCACAAAUAUCACCCCUGUACAACAACAACAACAUUAUUAUCAGCAAAACAAAAGCAACAUGUAUGGAUAAUUAAUUUCUCGCAACUUAAAUGGAAAACGCGCGAAAUAAAACGUUUCCUUAAAAACUUAUCUUUUUCUUCGCUUUUUAUUGUUUAUAAAUUUUGUUAAAAAAAAGUGUUUGUGUGUACAUUAAUGUUGAUUAAAAAGAAAAACAAUAAUUAUUAAUGAAGGAAAAAAGAAGAAGUCGUCAUAAAAUGCGACAUAAUUUGUCGUUGGAAAUAAUUGAAGAAAAAUAAAGAAAAUUUCAUCUUUAAACAAACUAAUAAUUAAAA